AUGCAGUUCGGCCGCGGCUACUUCUCUUUCCUCGGCCGGAUCUUCCGCGAGCUCUCGGUCGGGCGGCUGCCCGGGCCCCUCGGUGGGGGCGCGGCGGACGAGUUGCUGGCAGUCGUUCUCGCCACGCCCCUCCUUUGGACAGACCUCGCCGCGCAGGUGUCCGGGGGAGUCGUGACCGCCGACGCCUCUGAGACGGGUGGAGGCGCAUGUGUCUCUGCUGGCCUUUCGCCCAAGGGGGUGGCCCGUCUCGGCGCGCUCCGCGCCGGCGCGCCCGCUUGCCCCUCCGAUAUUCUCGUCGUCAGCGUGUUCGACGCCACGGGUGGGGCAGCAAUGGCCCUCGAUCUGCUGGGCAUCACGCCUUGUGGUAUUAUCGCCGUCGAGCCGUCGAAGGUCGCCCGCGGCAUGGUCCGCGCAGCCUGGCCGCGGGCCUUCUGCUGCCCCGACGCCUGCGCCGUCACGCACGAGGAGGUUCUCAAGUGGAGUAGCUGGUAUCCUCAGGCCCGCCGGAUUCUCCAGUGCAGCUGCGUGGCGCGGAUCGGCCCGGACUCGAAGGGGCCCAUCUCUCACCUCGAGGUGCCGUUGCGCAUCUCCGAGUCCUUGCGGCGGCGCGCUGCUUGGAGCGUCGUGGGCCUCAUCGAGUACGAGGCGACCGUCGCAGAGACGGACGUGCAGGAGGUGAGCAGGCAGGUCGGCCACCAGCCGAUCCACGUGCAAGCUGCUGCCGCCCUCCCCAUGCGCCCGGGAGUCUUUCUUCUGGGCUCGCGGCUCCCGGCCGUGCGAGGCUUCCGAUUUCAGGCCCACAGGUUCGGAGCGUGGUGGGGCAUUCUGGACAUUCUCUUGCUCUCGUACGCCGGGCGGCAGCCAGAGUGUCCUGCGGAGGUUUCUGAGAAGGCGUGGAAGCGCUGCGUCCACGAUUUGUUCAGGCACCCCGCACACCACUGCGAGGAUAAGAAUCUGGUCGCUGACCGCCACGGCCCCCGGCGCUUGAAAGCUGAUGAACAGAUUCGCAUGCUGGGCUUCCGAUGGGGCCAUUUCCGGCCCGUCGAGCGCCUUUCCCUGAAAAUCGGCCUCGAGGAUGCCAAGGCCGAGCUUAUCAGCAGCGCGUGCCCCAUUGUCAUCGCGCGGAUGGUGCGGGACUUCGUGCUCGUGGCGUCUUCGCCGCAGCCCCCGGAAGGCCUGCAGCGCGGUUGCAUUGACGAUCUUUGGACUACAUGGGCGAGGCUCGAUUCGGAGGCGCAGCGCGCUUCGACGCGCAAGUGGACCGAGGCGCACGGCGGCCCCGCCAUCUCGGCUGCUCCUGCGCCAGCGUCCGCAGCUGCCGAUUCCAGGCUCGCGCCCGAGGCGGAGCUUGUCCAGGAAUUCAUCCGGCUUGCUGAUCACCGGGGGUCAGACAUCCGGCUUGACGCAG